AAGCCGAGGCAGGCUGUGUGUGAAUGGGGAGACGCGCCGCGCCGCUCCGCUCUGACUCUCUGGAUUACUCUUUCACUUUUUAACGCAUGACAUUUUUACCUGUCCGGACUCCUCCUGCUGCCAGCAGCGCACCUCCGCUCACUCAGGGUUUAUGUGAGGAGGAGAAGAAGAAGAAGAAGAAAAAGAAGAAAGGCAGCAGCAGCGGCGGCGGCGGCAGCAGCGCGUGGGACUGUGGAUUUAAAUAACUGAUUGGACUUUUCAGCGCGUUUCCGUCCAGUCAUGCCCUUUUGAAGCUGACUCUUCAUCAGACCUGCAGCCAGCUCUUCUCUCCUCCUCCCCUCCUCUCCUCCUCCAUCCCUCCAUCCUCUCCUCCUCCUCUCUCUUUCCACCAUGCUCCGCUCCUCCUCCUCUCUCCUCCUCUUUCUCCUCCUCUCCCUCCUCCUCCUGUCCUCCCCCCUCCUCUCCGCCCCGGCGGCCCCUCCCCCUCCCUCCGUGGUGGCGGGCCGGGUGGUGUACCGGCCGUUCGACACGUCUCUCACCCACCUGACGGUGCACCGGAGGACGGGCGAGGUGUUCGUCGGCGCCGUCAACCGAGUCCUGAAGCUGUCGGCCAAUCUGACGGAGCUGAGGAGUCACAUGACCGGACCGGUGGAGGACAACGCCAAAUGUUACCCUCCACCCAGCGUCAGGGCCUGCGCCCACCGCCUGGAGUCUUCAGACAACGUGAACAAGCUGUUACUGGUGGAUUAUACUGGGAACAGACUGGUGGCGUGCGGUUCCAUCUGGCAGGGCGUCUGUCAGUUCCUCAGACUGGAGGAUCUCUUCAAACUGGGAGAGCCACAUCACCGGAAGGAGCACUACCUGUCUGGAGCCAGAGAGGCUGAUGGGAUGGCAGGUGUGGUUGUUGGUGAGGACGACUGGACGGCCGACCCAAAGAGGAAGAAGCCCGUGAAGGGCGGCAGCCGCCUCUUCAUCGGCGCCGCCAUCGACGGAAAGUCUGAGUAUUUCCCCACGCUGUCCAGCAGGAAGCUGGUGGCGGACGAGGAGAGCGUCAGCAUGUUCUCUCUGGUCUACCAGGACGAGUUCGUGUCCUCGCAGAUCAAGAUCCCGUCGGACACGCUGUCCCUCUACCCGGCCUUCGACAUCUACUACGUCUACGGCUUCUCCAGCCGCACCUACGUCUACUUCCUGACGCUGCAGCUGGACACGCAGCUGACGCAGAUGGACGCCGGCGGCGAGAAGUUCUUCACCUCCAAGAUUGUCAGGAUGUGUUCCAACGACACUGAGUUCUACUCGUAUGUGGAGUUUCCUCUGGGCUGCACCAAAGACGGCGUGGAGUACCGCCUGGUCCAGGCCGCCUACAAGCAGAAACCGGGGCGGCGCCUGGCCCAGGCGCUCGGCCUGUCGGAGGACGACGACGUCCUCUUUGUCGUCUUCUCGCAGGGUCAGAAGAAUCGUUCCAACCCUCCCCGAGAGACAGUCCUGUGUCUAUUCACGCUCCACGACAUCAACCUGGCCAUGAGAGAAAGGAUCCGCUCCUGUUACCGCGGCGAGGGCCGACUCUCGUUACCGUGGUUACUCAACAAGGAGCUGCCCUGCAUCCACACGCCGAAGCAGAUCGGAGAUGAUUUCUGCGGCCUGGUGCUGAACCAGCCACUCGGAGGCCUGAGGGUCAUCGAGGGUAACCCGCUGUACGAGGACCGCACCGAGGGCAUGGGCGCCGUCGCCGCCUACACCUACGGAGAACACACGGUGGUGUUUGUGGGGACCCGGAGCGGACAGCUGAAGAAGAUCCGUGUAGAUGGGAUCCCACCGCCGGCCCAGAAUGCUUUGCUGUAUGAGACGGUGACCGUGGUGGAGGGGAAGCCGAUCCUCAGAGACAUGGUGUUCAGUCCAGACCAUCAGUACAUCUACCUGCUGAGUGACAGACAGGUGAGCAGACUUCCUGUGGAGAGCUGUGAGCAGUACAGCAGCUGCUCAGACUGUCUGGGAUCAGGAGACCCUCACUGUGGCUGGUGUGUCCUCUUCAACAAGUGCUCCAGACAGGAAGCAUGUGACAAGUGGGAGGAGCCUCAGCACUUCAACACCCGGCUGGACCAAUGUGUGGACAUUUCCGUUACCCCGAGCAACAUGUCGGUGACCUCACCGGCGACACAGCUGACGAUUCGUGUGCAGAACGUCCCGGCGCUGUCGGGGGGCGUGUCCUGCGUGUUCGAGGACCUGAGUGAGACGGCCGGCGAGGUGCUAGCUAAAGGUCAGGUGAUGUGUCUGUCCCCAUCCCUCAGAGACCUGCCGACACACACACACUCCUACGGGGAGAAACGAGUGGUGGAGCUCAGCCUGCGCUCCACAGAGACCGGACAUCAGUUCAUCACCACCAGCUUCGUCUACUACAACUGCUCCGUGCUCAGCUCGUGUACUUCGUGUGUCAGCAGCGUGUUUCCGUGUCACUGGUGUAAAUAUCGUCAUGUCUGCACCAACAACCUGCAGGACUGCUCCUUCCAGGAGGGACGAGUCAGCAACAUGGAGGGUUGUCCCCAGAUCCUCCCCACCUCCGACAUCCUGGUCCCGGCUGGGAUGGUUCGUCCAAUCACGUUGCGGGCUCGUAACCUCCCCCAGCCUCAGUCGGGUCAGAAGAACUACGAGUGCGUGUUCAACAUCCAGGGAAAAGUCCAGCGUAUCCCAGCGGUCCGCUUCAACUCCUCCUGCAUCCAGUGUCAGAACACCUCGUACUGGUACGAAGGGGAUGAGGCCGGCGACCUCCCAGUGGAUUUCUCCAUCGUCUGGGACGGAGAUUUCUUCAUCGACAAGCCGGCAUCCAUGAAAGCUCUGCUGUAUAAGUGCGAGGCUCAGCGUUCCAGCUGUGGUCAGUGUCUUAAAGCUCCGUCAGCGUUUGAGUGCGGCUGGUGCACAGAAAGCAGGAAGUGUCUCCUGCGGCAGCACUGCCCGUCCGCCGAGCAGAACUGGAUGCACCACGGACGCCACAAUCUGCGCUGCAGCCACCCCCGCAUCACCAGGAUUGACCCUCUGACGGGGCCUCGGGAGGGGGGGACGCGGGUCACCAUCGAGGGGGAGAACCUGGGUCUGCAGGUGAAGGAGAUCGCUCACGUCCAGGUGGCCGGGGUCCGCUGCAACCCGGUGCCCUCGCAGUACAUCAGCGCAGAGAGGAUCGUGUGCGACAUGGCAGAGGCGCUCCUCCCUCACUCUCCUGGCGGUCCUGUGGAGCUGUGUAUCGGCGUCUGCAGCGCUGAGUAUCGAACACUUUCCACACAGACGUAUUCCUUCGUGAGUCCCACUUUCAGUCGUGUGCGUCCGGAAAAGGGUCCUGUCUCUGGAGGAACCAGGCUGACGGUGACGGGGCGCCACCUGGACGCCGGCAGCAGCGUGACGGUUUACAUCGAUAAGGAGGAGUGUCUGUUUGUCAAACGGACCAAUCGGGAAAUAAUCUGCAUAACUCCCGCCUCCCUGUUGGGCGCUGGUCCCGCCCCCAUCCGUCUGAUGAUUGACAGGGCCGAGGUGACGAGCUCGGACACGAAGUACGUUUACACCGAGGACCCGACCAUCGCCAGCAUCGAGCCCAACUGGACCAUCCUGAAUGGCAGCACGGUGAUCACGGUGACAGGAACAAACCUGCUGACCAUCCAGGAGCCAAAAGUCAGAGCCAAGUACGGCGGCGUGGAAACCAGUAACUUCUGUAGCGUAGUGAACGACAGCACCAUGACGUGUUUGGCUCCUGGUUUGAUCUACGGCAAACCAAACCCACCAGAGGGAGCGCUGCGCCCCGACGAGUUCGGCUUCAUUUUUGACCAGGUCUCCUCUCUGCUCGUCCUGAACUCCACCCCCUUCACACACUACCCCAACCCGACCUUUGACCCCCUGGGGAGCUCUGGGAUCCUGGAAGUCAAACCGGGGUCACCAAUCAUCCUCAAGGGUAAGAACCUGAUCCCUCCGGCUCCGGGGAACAACCGUCUGAACUACACGGUUCUGAUCGGAGAGUCUCCGUGCCUGCUGACCGUGUCCGAAAACCAGCUGCUCUGUGAUUCGCCAGAUCUGACGGGAGAACAGCGAGUCCUGAUCCUUGUCGGGGGUCUGGAGUACUCCCCGGGGACGCUCCAUAUCUACUCCGACAGCGCCCUGACGCUGCCCGCCAUCAUCGGCAUCGGAGCAGGCGGAGGCGUGCUGCUCAUCGCCAUCAUCGCCGUGCUGAUCGCCUACAAGAGGAAGACUCGCGACGCCGACAGGACGCUGAAACGCCUCCAGCUGCAGAUGGACAACCUGGAGAGCCGCGUGGCGCUGGAGUGCAAGGAGGCAUUUGCAGAGCUGCAGACAGACAUCCAGGAGCUGACCAACGACAUGGACGGAGUGAAGAUUCCCUUCCUGGAGUAUCGGACCUACACCAUGAGGGUCAUGUUCCCGGGGAUAGAAGAACACCCAGUCCUCAAAGAGCUCGACUCUCCAGCCAAUGUGGAGAAAGCUCUGCGUCUCUUCAGUCAGUUACUCAACAACAAGAUGUUCCUGUUGACCUUCAUCCACACCCUGGAGGCUCAGAGGUCCUUCUCCAUGAGGGACCGUGGGAACGUUGCCUCGCUGCUAAUGGCAGCGCUGCAGGGUCGUAUGGAAUAUGCAACAGUGGUGUUAAAACAGCUGCUGGCUGACCUUAUCGAGAAGAACCUGGAGAACAGAAACCAUCCCAAACUACUGCUGAGGAGGACGGAGUCUGUUGCUGAGAAGAUGCUCACGAACUGGUUCACCUUCCUGCUGCAUCGUUUCCUCAAGGAGUGUGCAGGCGAGCCUCUCUUCAUGCUGUAUUGCGCCAUCAAGCAGCAGAUGGAGAAAGGGCCAAUUGACGCAAUCACCGGCGAGGCUCGCUACUCUCUGAGUGAAGACAAGCUCAUCAGACAGCAGAUAGACUACAAACAGUUGACUCUGAUGUGUAUCCCUCCGGAGGGCGAGGCGGGGACGGAGGUGCCGGUGAAGGUGUUGAACUGCGACACGGUGACUCAGGUCAAAGACAAACUGCUGGACGCCGUUUACAAAGGGAUCCCGUUCUCACAGAGACCUCAGGCCGACGACAUGGACCUCGAAUGGCGUCAGGGCCGACUGACCAGGAUCAUCCUGCAGGACGAAGACGUGACCACCAAGAUAGAGAGCGACUGGAAGAGACUGAACACACUGGCACACUACCAGGUAACGGACGGUUCUCUGGUGGCGCUGGUCCAGAAGCAGGUUUCUGCCUACAACAUCGCCAACUCCUUCACCUUCACCAGAUCUCUGAGCAGAUAUGAGUCGUUACUCCGGACGUCCAGCAGUCCUGACAGUCUUAGAUCAAGAGCUCCGAUGAUCACUCCAGACCAGGAGACAGGGACUAAACUGUGGCACCUGGUGAAGAAUCACGAGCACAGCGACCAGAGAGAAGGAGACAGAGGCAGCAAGAUGGUUUCUGAGAUCUACCUUACCAGACUGCUGGCUACCAAGGGGACACUGCAGAAGUUUGUGGACGACCUGUUUGAGACGGUGUUCAGCACGGCCCACCGAGGCUCUGCACUCCCAUUGGCGAUUAAAUACAUGUUCGACUUUCUGGACGAGCAGGCGGACAAACGACAGAUCAGCGACCCUGACGUCCGGCACACCUGGAAGAGCAACUGCCUUCCUCUCAGGUUUUGGGUGAACGUCAUAAAGAAUCCUCAGUUCGUGUUUGACAUCCACAAGAGCAGCAUCACCGAUGCCUGUCUGUCAGUCGUCGCUCAGACCUUCAUGGACUCCUGCUCGACGUCUGAACACCGGCUUGGCAAAGACUCUCCGUCCAACAAGCUGCUCUACGCUAAAGACAUCCCCAACUACAAGAGCUGGGUGGAGAGGUACUACAGGGACAUUGCAAAGAUGCCCAGCAUCAGUGAUCAGGACAUGGAUGCCUACCUGGUGGAACAGUCUCGUCUGCAUGGCACCGAGUUCAACACACUGAGCGCGCUCAGUGAGCUCUACUUUUACAUCAACAAGUACAAGGAAGAGAUCCUGACCGCGUUGGACCGGGACGGGUACUGUCGCAAACAUAAAUUGAGGCACAAACUGGAGCAAGCCAUCAAUCUGAUGUCUGGGAGCAGCUGAGAGAAGGGGAGGGACGAAUGGACUGAUGGACUGAUGGAUGGAUGGGGGGAUGGGGAAGAAGAAUGGGGGAGAGGGAAGUGAAGGCUUUUUGUUUUUCUGAACUGUUUAAACAGUCAGCUGAACUGCUCAGUGUUGGACCGAACUGACAGCCACAGCUCCAGCCCUUGAGCAAUCAAUCCAUCAGCAAUUUAUUUGUCAGUUGGUUGAUUGAUUGAUUUGAAGACUGAUUACCUGGAUGGCUGGGACCCCAACUACCUCCGUUUGGUGGGUUUUGGGGCAGAAAAUCAGUUUCCAAACCGAUUUGGAUACAUUUACUUUGUGACUGCAACACGGAAUGGAGUCAUUUUGGGCAAAAAAACAAAUCUUCUAGAUGCAUCUGUCGGUUUGGAAUUGGAUUUAAAUCCAAUGCAGGUGUAAGCAGGGAUCAAAGUAAGGGGGGGCGUGGCUGUGGAAAGACCUGGUAAAAAUAGGCUAAAGACUGAGUCAGGUUUCACCAAACAAUGGAUGUGAUGUGAGAACGAAUCAACCUGACUGCAGGAUUCCCAGCCUAGUUGGGAACUUGCUAGACGCUAGGUUGAAGAGCAAAAGGUCAAGUCAAGUUUCCGUCAAAGCUACAGACUUCACUUCGAAAGGCUUGUUCUGGUCUAACAGAUCCAAAAACUAAGCUGAUCAUGGCAGAGGGUCAAAGUUAAUAGCAACAGGCUUGAUUUUACCUUGAGAGCCUCAUCGUAGUCUAAACGAAUGUCUGGCUACAUAUCAAAAGGUAAAGUCAAGGCCAGAAGUCCGAAGCCUCUUUAAUGAUGUCGUUAUUUUGGGCCAUGUAUCCUCACCUUGGAUCCUUAGCCUGGAAGGAUUCGGAUUCACUGUAAGAAGUUCAGGUCGAGCUUUAAGGAAUGGAGUCAAAAAUGUUGCUGAUGGAUUUGGAGGUUGUUUCAAGCUUUAACGGAAGGAGAAGGAAGCAAAUAAACUGAUGUCCCAAAAACUGAUGACUUGACUGAACUUUGAAAUUUCAGCUUAGUCUUGAAAGAUGUGGAAUCCAGGUGGAGUUCAUCUUUGGAGAAAAGGAAAUAAGGACUCUAUCAGCUGAGACAAUUUGACUUGACCUUGGACUGUUCGCCCAAGCCUCGUCAGGAUCUAGAAGUUUCUAAGUUGCUGUAUAACCACUCAAUGUUUUUCUCUGGACAAUCACUCUGUACCACAGCACACUGAGCCCGAUGCCUACCGACCGACCAGUACCUGUGUCCAUAAAUCCGUCCCUCCUCCCACCAUUUUUCUUUUCCUUUCCUUGCAUCCUCAAUUCCUCAGAAUUUUACCUCCUACUUUGCUUUACCCGUUUCUUUUAUCUUCCCCUCUUCUUUCCUUCCUAACCACUUUCCUCUUGUACCCCCACUUUUUUUCCUCUACCCCACUCCGUCAUAGGUCAGUCUUGCUGGCCUCUGGCCUUCCUAUUGGCCAGGAACACUCUUAAGUAAUGUACUGCCCGACCAAUCAAGACUGUGGAAUUCGCCAGAAUUAUGAAUAAUUAAACCGAAAUGAAUCCAGAAUAACAUUUUGAAUACAUUCCAGCACAGGCACAUAGGCAAGGUCUGUAAAUAAGCAGGUAGACUCGCAAAUUUAUCGGAAGUGAAGACCUUCUGAAGGUGGACUGACCGGCAUUUUUCAGGACCAGAACGACCUGGAAGAUGGGGUUCUGGGUUCGGCACCAGUCGGUAGACUUUGACGCCAGUUGGUGCAGAUCGCUUUAUUGUCGGACCUUGCACACACACCCACAUUCAGCCAUGCUUUACAGCGCCAUGCUAACCGUGCCCAGGGGGAAAUACUGUGCAGAGCUACAAGCCCAGUGCCAUGUAAAGACCGGACCGGAUCACGUCAGAACUGGACCGGACUCGGACCAAACCCGGAUCAAAAACAACCUUGAAUGGAGUUGUAACCGGACCGGACUCAAGAACUUUUAAGACUUGUGGCCAUAAUUGUAAACAAACAAAAAAAUGAAAGAUAAUAAUAAUAAUGAUGAUAAAGUAUAAAAGUUAAAAAAGAAUACAAAAAGAAAGGAAAAAAAAGAAAUAUUGAAAUGUAAUGUAAUAAGAACUUUGUGGAUUUGACAGUUUGGAUUUCAAAGGAGCUGAACUUGUAUAAAGCUGAACAUUAUGCUACAUCAGAGUCUGGAGGAAGAGAGAGAGCCAGGAGACAGGGCGCUGGAUCAGACCGGCACCAAACCAAGUCCAUCCUAACACCAUCAGACCGGACCGGACUGAACCGAGUCAAACUGGAUUUAACCGGAGCUGAACUGAACUGAAAAUCUGCUCUUUAUGGUGGAAAAACAGACUUUUUGGUGCUUUUUUUUGCCAAACUGGAUGUUUGUUUGAACAGAAGAGGAGUGGAGUGUACCGGAUGGAGGCGUGGCCUGGAGGUUCGGGCGUUUAAAGGGGUUAAAAUGUUGCAUGUGGAGCCUCGGAUGGGGUCUUUGUCAUAAUGAGCUCUUGUACCUCCUCGAGAAUAAUGAGGGCACUUUCACACUGCCGGCUCCGUCUCAAUUCUACAAUUAAAACUUGAAAAUAUGAUUCUGCAGAUGGAGAAAUCAGACCUCAGUCCAUCUGGAUGGUCAAACCAUGCUGAUGCUGGUAAACAAAUGCACGACUCAAAAUACUGAACCGGGUGUGAAUUGCUCUUAUUCUCUCUUGAUGGUCAAAUAUUGGAUGAAAGACUAAUAUAACAUGGCGACGCUGCACCCCUCACCCCCCGCACGCCUUUUUUCUCUGUGGUAAAACAUUUUCACUUCACAUGACUGACAAAUAUUUAUUGUUUAGAAACAUUACUGGUCUAAAUUAAAGUUCAACGAUGAUAUUUAACAUUUUGUAAACACACAGACUUGUUUCUAGUUUAUGGGGAGCUUUGAGUCCCUGUUUUACUAGUCCUGUCAAAAUUAAUGUGUAAUUUUUGCAAUUUAUUUAUAAUCUACAAGACCUAAGGAAUACAUUGGUACCAACAAUGUUGAGUAAGUCUCAUCUUUAAAGGCAAAUAUCCAUAUUAAUGCUUUGGUUUUAGGACAAAAAGAAAACCAAGUGAUUUAUUGUGAUUAAUCACAGCAAAUUGUGCAAUUAAUUACUUAAUUUUGACAGCCCUAGCCCAUGAUUCUACAUUUCUUUAAAUACAUUUUAUUCACCUUAUCUUAUGUGAAUUAAAUUCAAAUUUCAAAGCAGGAUUAUUUGGAAGAACCAUUUAAAAGUCAGAGUCUGUGGGAAAUGGAAACUUAUCACAAACUUUACACGAAUCAUGGAAUAGUUUAUGAAUCUGUAUAGUUCCCAUAAAUAUUUCCACACAUCCACAUUUAUUAUUUAUUGGUCUGGUUUUUGGUCUCAUGACCUCCUCUGUAGAAAUGCAAACCAUCUCUGGUGAAGGUGUUAAAAAACACCGUCAGGUCUUCGAGACUCGUCCGGAGUGUCGUGUGAAAAUGUUCCACCACAGCUGAAGCGUCUCUCUUUUGGCUCUCUGCGAUGCCAUAAAGCUACAAAGCACCUUUUUUUUAUUUUCUUGCUGUUGUUUCACUGUCGUUUGAAUCUUUGGGGCCAAAAGGACCCGAGUGAGGAGGAGGAAGAGGAGGAGGAGGAGGAAGAGGAGGAAGGGUCCUGAUAAAAGACUGCCUUUUAGAUGAUUAAUUAUAGAACAGGGAGGGAAGCCACUACCAUACCAAUACCACUGUUCAUCCACCUGUGUGUCUAUGUGUGUGUGUGUGUGUGUGUGUGUGCGUGUGCGUGUGCGUGUGUGUGUUUUCCUGCUGCUGCUGCAGUGGAAACUCAACCGUUAAAUCACUGAUCGUAUCUGCAGCUCAAUUAAAAAUCUUUUUCUUUACAGUGGCACCGUUUAAAUCGGCCGAUCGGUAUCUUCAACGCUUUUUAAAUCUCAGAUCAAAUCUUUGGUCUCCUUUUUUUU